AUGAAUCUUCUGAUGCAGCGACAGUUUCCGAUCUACCAAGUGAAGAUGAUGAAUCAAAUCAAUCUGCAAGGAAAAGUCGACAAAAAACCGGAGAAGGGACAGGGCAAGAGAGUGGUACUGGAUCUGAUGCAGCCAUUUACGGGUCUUUGGAGAGAGGUGACUACAGAUAAUUUCUUCAGCUCUCUCCAACUCUCCGACGACCUGUUCAAGGACAACACCCUUUUCACGGGAACGGUUCGAACGAACAAACCAGAUUUGCCGGAUAGCUUCGCCAAGUCGGCCAGCCGGGCACCCAACUCGGUACUGGUCGGCUAUAACGGCGUAAGCACCCUGACUUCUUUUAUCGACGGACACAAAAAAAAGCCGGCCAUUGUACUGACAUCAACCCUUACCAAAACCACAAUCUGCGGCAAAAAACCACCAAUCGUGCUUCACUACAACGGGACGAAGGGCGCUGUUGAUGCAGGCGAUUUCAUCACUCGCAAGACGAACUGUGUCCGAAAGACCAGGGUAUGGACGAAGAAACUGGUGAUGGAACUCCUGAGCGUCGCCUGCUUGAAUGCGAGUUGCCUGUACCGGUUGAAGUACCCGGAGCGGUGCAAGGGCAAAAGUUGGAGAUCAAAUUUUCUGCAACAACUGUGCGACCAGCUCAUUCAGGAGAACGUACAGGAACGUGUAAAAUCUCAAAGGCUGACAAAGGAGUUACGAGGGCAGCUGAACGCGUUUUCUUCUCGCCAAAUGGAAGCGGGCGCAAAACUGUGCAACUGGUGUGGCAAGGAGUCUAGGCCAAUCCGUACCUGUUGUAUUUGCGCGGAAGCAGUCUACGACGAACACAAAGAUAAGUCGAGUUCGGUGCGAGACGUGCAAAGUGGAUCGGAAAACUGA